AUGAUUGAAAUUAUAACAAUACCUUCAAUUGUGGUUAUUGGGAUAAUGUUGCUUAAAUCUUUAGCUCUCGCAGGCUCCUUAGCUACAAGUAUAAUUGCAGCUCCAAUCAUAAAUUCAACUUCAGAUCAAUCCACUUUAGUUUCAACUCAAAAUGGUACAAUCCAAGGAAAAUAUCUCGAAGGUUUCAAUCAAGAUGCUUACUUAGGUGUUCCAUUUGCACAACCACCUUUGGGAAAUUUACGUUUCUUACCACCUCAGCCCUACAAUUCAACUUGGGAUGAUGUUAAAACAUUUGAUCAAUACGGUUAUGCUUGUUACGCAACUUGGGGUACUGAUACCGCAAAUUUGGAGCAUUCAGAAGAUUGUUUAACUUUGAAUAUUGUUAAACCUCAUGGUUAUGAAAAUCAGUCAUUACCUGUUGGUAUUUGGAUUCAUGGUGGUGGAUUCCAAGAUGGAUCUUCAACUAGAAAGGCUUACAAUUUGUCAUAUAUCGUUGAUAAUUCUGUUGCAAUUGGUAAACCAUUCAUUGGAGUUAGUAUUAAUUAUAGAUUAAAUGGGUUUGGGUUCCUAACUUCUGAUGAAGUUUUCCAAAAAGGUUAUACCAAUGUUGGAUUAAGAGAUCAAAUUCAAGCUAUUCACUGGAUUAAUGAAAAUAUUGAAGGGUUUGGUGGUAACCCAAAUCAUUUGGUUCUUUGGGGAGAAUCUGCUGGAGCCAUUUCAAUUGGUAAGUUACUAAGCACCAAGUAUCUGUCCAAUGAUUAUAUUAAAGGUGCUAUUAUGGAGAGUGGAUCUAAUGUUUUCACAAAUAUCAAACCUGGUGCUAGUGGGGAUAACCAACAAGACUUUAAAACAUUGGUUUCAUACUUUGAUUGUGAUAAGGCGGAGGAUUAUAUUGAAUGUUUACAAGACGUUGAUGCUUCAAAAUUACAAUAUGUGUUCAAUGCUACAAAUGGUGUGUUGAAAAAAAGCUUUGCAUUCCCUUAUAUUGAUGGUGACGUUAUUAGUAAAUCAAGUUAUGAGAUUUUGGAUAGUGGUGAAGAUUUCAUUAAAGCUCCAAUAUUAAUUGGUACAUCUACAGAUGAAGGAAGUGCAUUCUCAAAUCAUUCUUUGAAUACUUCUCAAGAGGUUCAUGACUAUUUGCUACAACAAUUCCCAAACCUCAACAAUGCUUCCAUUUCAAGAUUGAUUGAGAUGUAUCCAAUAGAUAAUCCGGACACAAUUUUACCAAAUGAUCCAACAUAUAACAAUACCCCAAUCGUUUAUCCCCCAUCCUAUGGUGCAAUUGCGGCAAACUCUUCAUGUUUAUCUGGUGACUUGACAUUUUUAGCCGGUUCUAAAAUAACUGCUCAACUCUAUGCUAAACACGGUGUUCCAGUUUACAAAUAUAGACACAACAUUCCAACUUUAGAAACCUCAAACCAAACAUUCUUAGGAACAACACAUUACCAAGAGGUUGUUUACGUUUUCGAUAACCCUGAUCAUCCAACAAACCCUUCAGAUGGCUCUACUUUCUACCCAAGUCCAGAAGCUCCAAAGAUAGCCAAUACGAUUUCCAAACUAUUCGCUUCAUUUAUUUCGGAUUUGGACCCAAAUGUUGAUCAAUCUUUACUCAAGUAUCCAUCACCACAAUGGCCAGAUUAUAAGGAAUCAACUGAAAACAUUGUGUUUGACUUGAAGGGAUUCCAUGUUGAGAAAGAUGAUAUUAGAGAAGAACAAUUCAACUAUAUCGAAAGUAUCAUCUCCCAAUUAGAUGCUUGA